AUGGUGUCGAAACGAGAUGACGAAGAAUCUUUAUUACCUACCUCAGCCAAACUUACAGUACCUCAAAAGAGACAUGCAGCACAGAGUGGUCAAAGUUCAUUUCAAUUCAAAGUGUAUGUUAUUACAUCGAUGACCAUCUUAUGGACAGGCUAUACAUUACUGGUACGACAUACUAGGUCGACCACCUCUAAGGAGAAUGUAAGUGGUGAUAGAGACGGAAGAGGUUUGUUACUGUAGUAACGUAGUACUGGCUUUUUUGUCUUGGUAUGUUUUUAUUGUUUGUUAUAUCAUGGUAAUACUUACUGUGCUAUAUUGUCUAACAUACCACUUCCAGAUGUACUCAGCCACAUCAGUCGUAUGUUUGGCCGAAACGAUCAAAUUCUUUAUCGCCUUCUUGUUACUUUCACAUGAUCACAACCACAACAUGAAUGAAGUCAUCAUCACCGUCAAACGAGACUUUAUCAAUAAACCGAUGGACUUGCUCAAGAUGUCAGUGCCUAGUAUAACAUACGCUCUUCAGAACAACCUCGACUUUGUGGCUUUGUCCAAUUUGAGUGCUGGGGUCUAUCAGGUAAUUUAAAAAAAAUUAAGUUAUGACGCUUACUAUAAUAUAACUCAAGUUUUUAAUUUUGAAAAACGAAAUAUUAAACUUAAAAUUCAUAAUUUUAAACUUCUAGAUCUAAAAAAUAAAAAAAACUAUUUUUAGGUAACAACCCAGCUGAAAGUAGUGACAACCGCCUUGUUCAUGAUGGCCUUCCUCGGCCGCAAAUUCUCCAAGACGAGGUGGGUGGCGAUCUUCAUGCUAUUCGCUGGAGUGGCGGCAGUUCAGCUGAACAAUAUCGACCAGAAUUCAGCGGCCGGCCGACCCACCGAGAACCCGGUAAUUGGCCUGGUCGCCGUCCUAGCCACUUGUGUUACAGCCGGCUUCGCCGGCGUUUACUUCGAAAUGAUGCUCAAGGAUGGUACUCCAACCUCUCUCUGGAUCAGGAAUAUGCAAAUGUACUUUUGUGGUAUCUUGAGCACGUUCGUUGGCGUCGCCGUGAAGGACGGUGCUCAGAUCCAGGAGAAGGGCUUCUUCUACGGCUACAACGCCGAAGUCUGGGCGAUAGUCCUCUCGUUGUCAGUUGGAGGUAUCUACAUAUCACUGGUCAUGAAGUAUCUGGACAAUCUCCACAAGUCCUUCGCCUCCAGUAUCAGUAUCAUACUGGUGGUGCUGCUCUCGGUCAUGCUGUUCGAGAACGUCACGUUGGGUUUGUUCUUUGUAUUCGGAUCAGUCAUCGUGUGCGGUGCUGUGGUACUGUACAAUUCUGUACCAGAAUAG